GGGCACUAUACUAUGGACUCACCAUUCACUAUCGGCGAGCUGAAUAAUAUUAUACUGGAGAAGUCAGCACUCCGCGAACUCUGGAAGGUCCAGCUCAGUGCGAAACAAAACAGACCCACCAGAAGCAGCCUCUAUGCUCAAGGAACACAAUAUCUCUAUCAUGCCGUCCAUCCCCUUGAUAACAUGGGCCCCAAGUUAUGUCAGCCACUCGAUAAGCGAGACUUUAAACCUGGCCGCUUGUACGUGUUCCGGCGCGCCUCAUCCCCGGGCUACGUCAAGAUCGGAUGGACCAUGAACCCAAUCCAGCAACGCCUCAACGAUUGGUGCAGGAAGUGCGGCUACCGCCCUAUCCUCGUGCACAGUACAGACGUCUUCAAAUACACCCAGCGCGCAAAGACGCUCGCGAAAGAGGAGCUGGCGUGGGAGCGUCACAAGGAGCCCCAGUGCGCGGGCUGUGGCAAAGGGCAUACCGAGUGGUUCAGGGUCAGCGAGCAGAGGGCAAAAGAGGUUGUCGACAGCUGGGCGUCGCUCAUGACGCAUGGGGACUUGUAUGAUAAGCAUGGACGAAUUAAGUUUAGCUGGACCCUCGCUGCUUUGACGCUGGAUCAGGCGAACAGUGAUGUCCGGAUCACUGCUGAGAGACUGCUCUCCAGCCAUAAGGCAUUGGAGAUGCAGCUGAGACAGGGUUUCGUGCAAGGGGUGUACUAUCUUGGCAGCGAAAAGUCCCCGAAGGCUGAGGAGGACUGUGCGGAGCCUCGCGAUGGCGCCAAUCAGUAUCGCAGGCCCUCCAUCUGGAGCCGGCUCUCCCGCAUUCUCUAUGGGCCUCGAUAA